AUGAGCUCGUCCGACUACGGGUUUGACGAUGAACUUGACUCAGCUAUCUUGAACGAACUGGACACAAUCGAGGCCGCCCAUCGUCAUCCACUUCAACACCCUCCUAAGUUACCCCCGCCUGCGCACAAGGCACCCAAACCCCUGGACGAAGAUGAUUCUUUCUACGAUCUUUCUCUUGAAAUCGACGAGGCAGAACUUCAGCGCUUAGACACGUUCAUUGACGCGGUGUACAAGGGGAGUGCACAACCAGUGGCAGGUUCGAGCAAUCCUCCGCGGUCUUCUUCUUCAAAGAAUACUGUGCAGAGGACUCUUUUCGGAGAUGUCGCGCAACCAACUGCGUCCUCGAGCAGACAUAGUCCUUCUAAACGUUCUUCACUUCAGCACACGAAGAGUCCCCGCAAGCCUUUUGGCCAGCAGGCGCCUCAGACGAGGCAGUGGGACCACACUGUAUUUGCAAAGUCAGGCUGGAAAAAGCCAAAGACUGCUAAGGGAAAGGGAGGAGAUAAUGGAGACGAGGAAGAGGAAGUGCAUGUUGAGUUUGAGCAGUUUCCUGCUCCUUUCGUGUCAGGUAUGUCGAAUAUCUUGAGUUCACCCGUGUGUAUUUUGCCAUCGCACGUACGCUAUUCACUGACGUUCCUACAGCCACCUUCUAUGAAGCUCAAGGUUGACAUGCUCGAAGCUAAACACUGGAUCUAUCCCCUAAACCAACCCAAGCGUGACUAUCAAUUCAACAUCGUCAGGCACUGCUUAUUUGACAACACCCUGGUCGCAUUGCCCACCGGGUUGGGAAAAACGUUCAUUGCGGGCGUCGUAAUGCUUAACUUCUAUCGCUGGUUUCCGAAGGGUAAAGUCGUGUUCGUUGCCCCAACGAAACCUCUCGUCGCGCAACAAAUUGACGCAUGCCACCGCACGUGUGGCAUUCCUGGUUGUGACGCGAUCGAACUUACCGGAAACAACCCCCGAGCAUAUAGGUCCAGAAUGUGGGAAGAGAAGCGGGUCUUUUACAUGACCCCACAGACCCUCAUCAAUGAUCUGACUACGGAAAACUGUGAUGUGCGGGAUAUCGUUCUUAUGGUCAUUGACGAAGCGCAUAAGGGAACAGGAGACUAUGCCUAUGCACAGGUUAUUCGUUUCUUGAUGGCCAAGAAUCCCCAUCAUCGCGUGCUGGCAUUAACAGCAACACCCGGAAGCACUCCUGAGGCCAUUCAGGGCAUCGUUGAUUCGCUGCAUAUCAGUCGCAUCGAGAUUCGCGAUGAAAGUAGUAUUGAUCUCCGCGAGUAUAUGCACAAGAAGGAGAUUAAACAGCACAUCAUCAAGAUGAACGACAACAUUUUGAAAGCUCAAGAACUCCUUAAGGAAGUGAUGAUAACCAUUAUUAAACCUCUCUCUAGUAGAGGGGUUAUAGAUGUGGUGGAUCCAGUUAAGAUGCAUCCUUAUCGUGCUCAGGUUACUAUGCAACGCAUCGGGGCCCAACGAAAUAGUCCUCACAAAUGGGCAUUCUCCUCGCUGUCCAAGCUCGCAGCAUUGGCGCGUGCUAUGGGGUAUCUGAUGGAAGCCAGCAUCGGAAUGUGUCACAACUCUCUACUGGAAAUCUCCACUGAGAAGGAGGAUGAUUCUGGGAAGAAGAAGGGUUCUGCAACGACUGGCUUGCGUAAGGACAAGAAUUUUAUGGCCCUUCUCAGCGAGCUCGAAGUGCAGAAGAUCCGUCCGGGUGGGUACGGUAUGCACCCGAAGAUGGAGACACUGAAGAUGCUGCUGUUGCAACACUUUGGGGCACGGAUGGGUGAGGGGGAGGAGACGAGAGCCAUGGUAUUUGUGACAUACCGGGAGUGUGUGGAUGAGAUCGUGCAUAUCCUUAAUGAGGAGAGUCCCCUCCUGAAGGUGACGAGGUUCAUUGGGCAGGGCACAGACAGACAAGGCCGGAAGGGAUUUGCGCAGAAGGAGCAGCUUGAGGUCAUCAAGAAGUUCAAGGCUGGCGAAUUUAAUGUGCUCGUCUCUACUUCUAUCGGCGAAGAGGGUCUGGACAUUGGCGAAGUCGACAUAAUUGUAUGUUAUGAUGCUCAAAAGACCCCGAUUCGCAUGCUUCAACGCGUCGGACGUACGGGCCGUAAACGGACCGGCUAUGUCCACGUCCUCCUCUCCGAAAUCCGCGAGGAGUUAAAUUGGGACAAAGCUCAGGACACAUACGGCGAGUUGCAGAAAUGUAUCGUCCGCGGGGAUCAGCUUGAACUUUAUGGCGACGUUCCACGACUCCUUCCUGAGCAUGCGAAGCCCCAAGUGCUCGAGAAGAGAAUGGAGAUUGAGGAGUACGUACGCCAAGAACCUGCUUCCCGAAAGAAAAGUGCAGUCGACAACAACGAGGAUUCGUCUCCGAAAGGCAAGAAACGGACGCGGAAUGAUGAUUUUGCUAGGAAUAUACCACAAGGCGCAAGCACAGGCUUUGUCAGUGUCAGAGACCUGCUUGUCAAGGGUGCAGAGGCGAAGAAGACGAAGAAGAAGAAGAAGGCGAAGACGAAAGGUUUUGAUCCCACAGCUGCAGAAGACGACUCGACGGACAUGGAAUUGGAGUCCAAUCUUAUGGAUAUGCGCCGCACCGCCUCGACGCCUGCUGAUAUCAGUACGAAGAAGAAGGACAAGUUGCGCGCGACACGCACCAUGGAUCCAUCCAAGAAACGACAAGCUGCAACGUCACGCAAGAAGGGGAAAGGGAAGGAGAAGGAGACAGAACCAUUGGCCACCAGCCAAUUCUCACGAAAAGGGGAUGACGAUGAUGACGAUAUCGAAAUCGAGCAGGGCAUUUCAGUAGCUGCUCGCGAGGUCAUCGCUCGUAAAACCCCUUCCCCUAAGAAAAAGCGGCCAGCUUUACCCAGAUAUUGGUCGUCUUCACCUGAUGAGGCUCCUGUUUUGGUUCGCGAGCGUUCCAACAGUUCUGUAAAACCAUCUACAGCCCAGAGUCCCUCCUAUCUUCCUAUCGAAGAUGAUGCACUACUUUUGAGCUCUUCAGAGCCGGAAAAUCCUUCAGGACCCAGCUUGUUGCCUUCGUCACCGCGAAUUUACGAUAUGGACGACGUGAUAGAGUUAACAUCCUCCCCGUUACCAUCCCAAACACCAGAUCACCUCGUAGAAUCUUCAUCGACGUCUUGCGGCCCCAGAAACUCUCCGGCCGACAAGCACCGCAAACGGAAUGGGAAAAGUCGAGAAGGAUCCCCGGAUCGCUCGCUAUCAUCGCUCCCAUUGUCAGACGGUGUGAUGGGUAAUACACAAAACAUGGCGUGGUUACUAGGAUCGGACGAGGAACCUGACAUCCAAAUUAUGUCUUCCCCGCCCAUGGCACCACCGCAGAAGCGUAGUCCUCGCGUGGAUCGCCUAUUUGACGAUGCAAGCGUUGAACUUGUGGACGGAAGGCGUCUCUCGCCUGGGGCAUUUCUGAUGCCGCCACCUCCCAUCCCACGCCAAGGUACCUUUUGGUCGCCCGCACGCUCUUCUGAUCAUGACAUGCCCGAUUCCUCAUUCGCUGUGCGGCCUGCUGGACGUUAUUCCAGACCGCGUGCAGCAGCCGCACAUUCUGAGUCACCUGCAUUAGAUAUGCCGCCUCUCUCCCAGCGACGUUUGAAACGAAAGGAUACAGAUGUCAUUUCUUGGGAAUCAAGUCCGGCCCGUAAGCGUAGCAAGAGAAAGCCAUUUGUAUCCAUACGACAUAACCCGUGGAUGGAUGGAGAAGCCGCACACUCUGGUGACGAAGCAAGUGAGGGAUCGUCGCACUCGGAAGAUGAUGUUGAGAGCGAUUCCGAUCGGCAGUUUAUCAAGGACAUCGCAAACACUCAGGUGUCUCCUUCUUAUGAUCAGUCGCUCGCUUAUCAAACGGGGUUGCUCACACAAGCCCCGCCGGGAGGUCCUGCGUUUGCUACCAGACCUGUGAGGAGGGGAGUAUACGCCAGAGGAGAGAGUGCAAAGCGCCGCGCUGGUGUGUCAAGUUCUCCCAUACGUGAGGACGAUUUGCUCGACGAGUAUGCCAUUGGCAGCUUUGUUGUAGAUGAUGAUGAGGACAUCAUUUGAUCAAAUACAUAUUCAUUAUCCCGGUGUCUAUUCUGCAGUCGGGACUACGGUACGGUCUUAAAGGCUCUGGUGUUUCAUGCACAUGCUGUGGAGAACCAGUGAAUUAUAAUAUUUACAAGUGCUCCUUACACCUUCGGACGUUUUCGAUCGUCAAUCACAAUAGGAGAUGUCUGUACACUACGUUUGCCGUUGUCUUUUCCUCUUUCUCCCUUCCGAAUAGCGAU